AUGAAUACCCAGGUUUCAACUACUGCAGCAAGACUCAACAGCACAUUUGUUAAACCUUUGGGAUUUUACAUUAGUGGAUUUCAGUCUCUUCAAAAUGUUCAAUAUUACUAUUUGUUUUUGUCUGUGGCUUAUCUUGGAACUAUAAUGGCAAAUAUUCUUUUAAUGACAGUUAUUGUAUAUGCAGAAAAUCUGCAUACACCAAAGUAUAUUGCAGUUUUUAUGCUUUCGGUAGUUGAUAUCAGUUACAGCAGCUCAUUUAUUCCAAGAUAUGUACUAUCAUUUGCAUUUAAUUUUAAUUUUAUUCCAUAUGAAGCAUGCUUAGCGCAACUCUUUUUUGUACAUUACUUUUGUGCAAUGGAAUCAAUUUCUCUUGCUGUUCUUGCUUAUGACCGAUUGAUGGCUAUAUGUUUUCCUCUUCAUUGUAGUAGUAUUCACACAAAUAAGAGAAUGAUUUUAAUUAUUGGAAUUACAUGGAUGGUUGCUUUUAUGUUUGUCAUUACAGCUGUUAUUUUCAUGACACGGUUAUCAUUUUGUAAGUCAGUUUUUAUUAACAGCUACUUUUGUGAUCAUGGGCCUAUGUAUGUUCUAGCCUGCAAUGAUAAUUCAGCAAAUCGUACAAUUGCUUAUAGUUUUAUAGCAAUAAUCAUAGUCAUUCCGUUAAUUUUUAUCAUAAUAACAUAUACAUGCAUUAUAGUAGCAGUCCUAAAAAUAGCAUCGGCCAGUGGAAGAUUAAAAACUUUUAAAACCUGCACUACUCAUUUAAUAUUAGUGGCCAUAUUUUAUCUGCCUCUUUUACUGAUGUAUUUUGUAAUAAUAUGGGCAAAUGAAAAAAUUGAUACCGAUGCUAGAAUUCUUAACACAUCCCUGUCUGCCACAUUGCCCCCACUGCUUAAUCCAAUUGUAUACACACUCAAAACAAAUGAAAUUACAGAACAAAUCAAGAAAAUGUUUUUCAGGAGUGUAAUUAGUCCCAUAAAAUAA